AUGUGGCACCACGCCUGCCUGGUUAAGGAGGGAGAGCAACUGGCCCCUGUCACCAGCUUUCCACAGGACCCCCACUUCCGCAUGGCACCCUGGUCGAAGAGAGAUGGGGAGAGGGGAAGCCACGAGAACAAUCACCAACUCAGGCCACACCAAAGCUUUGGGCAGGAUUUCACUGGGUCCCUCAUCCAUCCCACACCCAUCCCACAUCCACAGCACCCGUACCACACCCAUCCUGCACCCGCAGCACCAGCCCCACGUCCGUCCCUCACUCGCAGCACCCAUCAAACACCCGUCUCACACCCGCAGCACCCAUCCCGCACCCGCAGCACCCGUCAAACACCCGUCCCACACCCGCAGCACCCACCCCGCACCCACAGCACCCCUCAAACACCCGUCCCACACCCGCAGCACCCAUCCCGCACCCACAGCACCCCUCAAACACCCGUCCCACACCCGCAGCACCCAUCCCGCACCCGCAGCACCCGUCAAACACCCGUCCCACACCCGCAGCACCCACCCCGCACCCACAGCACCCCUCAAACAUCCGUCCCACACCCGCAGCACCCGUCAAACACCCGUCCCACACCCGCAGCACCUACCCCACAUCCACAGCACCCCUCAAACAACCGUCCCACACCCGCAGCACCCAUCCCGCACCCCAUAGCACCCGUCAAACACCCAUCCCGCACCCACAGCACCCGCCAAACACCCGUCCCACACCUGCAGCACCCAUCAAACACCCGUCCCACACCUGCAACACCCAUCCCGCACCCGCAGUAUCCGUUCUGCACCCGCAGCACCCGUCCCGCUCCAGCAUCAUCCAUCCUGCACCUGCAGCACCCGUCUCACACCCGUCCCGCACCCGCAGCAUUCUUCCCGCACCCGCAGCAUCCAUCCCGCACCUACAGCACCCAUCCCAUAUCCGUUCCGCAUCCACAGUAUCUGUCCCGCACCUGCAGCAUCCGUCCUACGCCUGCAGCACCCAUCCCACACCCGCAGCAUCCACCCCACACACGCAGAACUCGUCCCACACCCGCAGCACCCGUCCCACACACGUAG